AUGAUGAGCCCUCGUGACUCAUCUGAUCAUCUCUCCCCCGACCCGGGCCUGCAACCUCUGCGGCCUCUAACUUCUGCCAAACGACUGCGACUUGAAACCGACGACAUUGUCUCGAGCGAUUCGGGCGCUUCCGACCUCAACCUUCCGACAGGAGGUGCAUUUACUGACCCACCGCUGCCUCCUCCUCCUCCAGCCGCCACAGACACACUCGACUGGUGGCUCGAAUCAAACGAGGGCUUCCGCGAUCGCAUCCGACGAAUGUCGUCCGAAUCUUCCUUAUCUAUUGACUCUAUCACUCGCGAAUUCAAUUCCGCAUCAUCAAACUCCCACACCCCUAAACAAAACCCUCCUUCUCUGCCACCCUGA